AUGGUCGAGACGAAGCUGGAGCCCGAUACCACCUAUCCUACAAUGCAGCGUUCACGGCUCCCCGGAUUGGCGAGCAGUGGCAGCGAACCGGCUCCCUCUGGGCCGCUCCCAGCGGGCCCUCGGGCGCUUCGGGCCGCCCCGGGCGGCCCUCGGGGCUGCCGCCGAGCCUUCCGAGCGGCCCCGAGCGCGCAGCAGACGGUCCAAGACUGCCCCAGAUCGACGCGGCACGCCCCGCGGACGGCUCCAGGAGCUCCUGACGGUGGAGCAGUGGGACAUGCUGCUGGCAGCAGACGCAGGCACACUGUGCUCUCGGACCUCGUGGAGCACGGCGUCGCCAUCGAACCGAAUUCGGGCAGCUGCCUCAGCCUCGCUGCGCUGUCGCGCGUGGGCGCCUUCGUGCAGGUGGCCCUCGACGUGCACAGGGCUGGUGGGGACAUCAACGAGCCCAAGCUCCGAGCUGGCUGGGACCGGUUCCCGAUGUGGGCAGCGCCAGGCUGCCAGCUCUUCAGCCUGGGCCCGAAGGCGCAGAGCGGCUACCAGAGCAUCCUGACGGCCUGCUUUCGCGGCGCGGGCGUCUACGCGGCGGACCCCCGGAGCGUGCUGGACCUCCGGGGGCGCCUGUACUACCCCAACGUCGCGCUGGACCGCCUCGUGGAGGAGCUGCGCCCGCGCGCGCUGCCGGCGCACUGCUCCUGGCACGCCGACCUGGGCGCGGACCUGAGCUGGAUCUUCAAGGGGCUCGAGUUCCUGUACCUGCCCUGCCAGUGCGAGGCGCGGGCGCCCCCGCGGGAGCCGCGGGCGUGCAACGACCGCUGGGCGGCCGAGUAUCCAAUCCCGUUGCGGAUCGUCUUCCAUCCGCACAUUUGCACAAGGUGCUCCAAGAAUUUUGCGUACACGAACUCGACGAUGCGGCUGGCGGAGGUGCACUCUCCGGAAUCCACAGCCCGCAGCCCUGCGAGCGGUGUGGCGGCUACAGGCCGCUCGUGGACAGGAGAUUCGCGGCGCGUGCCGCGGCGGGCCUGGCGGGCCGCAACGCCACCGCCGCCGGCCCCGAUCAGGAGGAACACUCCGCGCACUGGCCGGCUUGAUGGCGAGGAGGAGGAGGAAGAGGAGGAGCGGAGGAGGAGGAGGCGGGCCGUUUGCAGUCCGGGCCGCCGCCGAGCAGGCGCGUUGACGCGCGGGCGCGCGUUAGCGCGGGCGCGCGGGAGGGCUGCGCCGCAGGGGUUCCGUUGG